AUGUUAGGUCGUUGUUCAAUUACCUUCAAUCACCCAGCCGUGAGACUGCGGCUCCCUUUGGGGACCGCAUCUGUCAAGAACGGAUGUCAAGCACCUGCCUACGAGGCGGCUCCCAUCAAAGACCACUCCGGGCAAGCACACACACCUGUGAAGUGGCUCCCAUUGGGGACCGCACCUAUCAAACACACUGGUCAAGCACCCACAAGUGGGACGGCGCACCCGCACAGACGGCUCCCAAAGGAAGUCAAGAUCACUGACAGGCGCGGUCCCCCAAGGGAGCCGUCUUCACAGGGCGCGGUCCCCAAUUGGGGCCGUCUCACAGUUACAAAUAUAAUCAAUAUGCGCCCGUCCGACGGCUCCCAUUUACUGAGCUACCUAAUUAUAUACACCGGUUGCAAUGGGGACCGUCCAUCUGUAUCACAGACAGAGCUUCCAUAUAUACGCUUGCAAUGUGAGCCGGCUCCCGUUGGGGACCUCAUCCGUGUAGAACACUUAUCACCCACCACUGCAACUGGAGAGGACCCUAUAAAGGGUUCUGGUUUCUGGAUGUUGACACCUGAGACACGGCCAAAUAAGAGUUUGCGACAGAUCCCAUUCAAAUCGAGGAACAAAUUGUUGAUAUUUAAAAGGAUAUGGUUUGCCUCAGGAUCCAUGAUCAAAGCUUGGAAAUGUCCAGAAUCCGUGUUGACCCCAGAUUUAUAA